AUGACGACUCCUAGUCUCUUCCCUGGCGUGGCUCUGGUCACAGGAGCUGCCGGCAGCGGCAUCGGGAAUGCAACGGCACGCGCGUUCGCCGAAGCCGGAUGCACCCAGAUCGCGAUUACGGAUCUGAAUGCAGAGCUUCUCGAGCAGACCAAGAAAAGCAUCCACGGCGCGUACCCCGCCGCCUCCGUGCUGGCAGUGGCUGGAGACAUCAGUUCGCCGGAGUUUGUCGACAGCUUCACUAAGCAGGUUGUCAGCGGCUUCGGGCGGCUGGACUACUGCGUCAACUGCGCGGGUGUCUUGGGCAGCGAUCAGAACUCGACUGAGACGUCUCUCGAGGACUUUGAUCGGAUCAACAACAUCAACUACCGCGGUUGCUGGCUCAGCUCGAGAGCGCAGCUCAAGGUCAUGCUGGACCAGGAACCGCUUGCGAGCCACGACGCGCAGAGAGCCGGACAGAGGGGCAGCAUCGUCAACGUCGCUAGCCAGCUUGGUAUAGUCGCACGGCCAAAAGCCCCGGCCUACUGCGCCUCCAAGGCCGCUGUUAUAUCCAUGACCCGCUGCGACGCCAUCGACUACUCUGAGCACAACAUCAGGGUCAAUUGCAUCUGUCCUGGAGUCAUUGAGACGCCCAUGACGACGGGUAGUCAGGAGGUCCUUGACCGGCUCCAGCCGGCUGUUGAUAUCGCGCCCAUGAAGCGCAUGGGCAAGCCGCAAGAAGUCGCUGACUGCGCACUGUUUUUGUGCUCGACGAAAUCAAGCUUUGUACAAGGUCACGCCAUGGUCGUGGAUGGAGGGUAUGUAAUCAACUAA